AUGAAAGUCGUCGUGACAGGCAUGGAUUUAUUUCACCCUGGUUUGAAUGAAACUAAAGACGGAAGUUUGCAGGUGCAUCUGGAGUUUUGGGUUCAGCGGUCCUCGGCGCAUUCAAGAAUUCAGGGUUUGACGCCGUUGGGCUCGCCAAUUCACGAGUCGGUGACGGUCUGCAAAAACUGGAUCUCAGAAAUGGGGAAGAAGUCGACGCUUUCUUCCACAAAGUCAAGCCUGACUGUAACUAACUACGUUUUUGACGGCACCUCUCCUCCAUACACCCCUUCUUCUUCUACGAACCCACUUCAGUUAUAUGGGCGCUCUAAAAGAGACGGAGAGGUUGCCGUUCUAGGAGUUGACGGUGCCAAAGUCAUCGUUCUCAGAGUGCCUGUGCUAUACGGCCCCGCCCCUCAAAACUCUGACUCUGCUAUUAACAUAUUACUUGAUGUUGUUCAAGAUCAGUCAGGGAAAACAUACAAAAUGGAUCACUACGCCACCCGGUAUCCCACAAACGUCCUAGACAUUGCAGACUUCUUGGUACGGUUAACAGGUUUAAAAAAACCUAUUCCGCCCAUCCUCCACUAUUCUUCAGAUGAACCCUUCACCAAAUAUGAAAUCUGCCUUACGUUCGCAAAGAUUCUAGGCCUCCCUCACAAACAUAUAAUUCCGGACGCCGAGCCGCCCAGUGGAGAGGGCGCUACAACACGCCCUCGUGACUGUCAUUUAUAUACAAAAGAAACAGAAGAUUUAGCUGUGGAUGGUGGCCUUGGACUUUCACUGUUCGAAGAGUGGUGGACCAGUUAUCUCAAAAAAUAA